CACUAGACCUCAGUCCGUGAGUGCCCGCCGAAGCGAACGGACGUCAUGGCUCGUUCUGCUAUUUAUUUAUUUGUUACUAUCGCGCUAUGCAUCGUGAGCCAUGGAGCAUCAUAUAAAGUUCCACCAGCGAAGUUAGAAGCCAUCUAUCCUAAAGGCCUAAGGGUGUCCGUAAAAGACGAUGGAUUCUCACUCUUCGCAUUCCAUGGAAACCUUAACCAAGAAAUGGAAGGACUAGAAGCUGGGCAGUGGGCCCGUGACAUCACGAAACCCAAAAAUGGAACCUGGUACUUCAGAGAUAGAAAUGUUGAACUGAAACUUGGAGACAAAAUAUAUUUCUGGACUUAUGUUAUCAAGAAUGGAUUGGGUUACCGACAGGAUGAUGGAGAAUGGACUGUUACUGGAUUUGUAAAUGAAGAUGGAACUCCAGUAGAUCCAUCAGUAGCUCCGACACUAGCACCAGUCUCAGCGCCCACUCAGCCCUCUGUCGCACCACCUCCUUACCGUGCUCCCACCACGGCUCCUCCAGUACAAUGCCAACCAUCUGCCACAACCGUAGCUGGUCGUGGAGCCAUCUGCCAGGGUGAGCUCAUCUUUAACGAAGAGUUCAGCGGCUCUGCGCUAAAGGACCUCAACAAUUGGACCCCUGAGAUCAGAUUUCCUGAACAACCGGACUAUCCCUUUAACGUGUACGUACCAGACAACACUAUAAGUUUCGAGGAUGGGUCCCUGGUCAUCACACCAGUUCUGACGGAAUCUAUGCACCAUGAGGGAUUCCUCGUCGAGUCAUUAGAUCUUACUAACAGAUGUACUGGUCAGUUAGGCACAACAGAAUGCAGACGAGAGGCGUCUGGUGCCCAAAUUCUACCUCCAGUUACUACUGGCAAGAUCACUACACGCCACAGGUUCGGUUUCAAAUUUGGAAGGAUAGAAGUCAGGGCCAAACUACCAGAAGGCAGCUGGCUUAUACCUGAAAUUAACUUGGAACCUACAGAACAUGUCUACGGAUCCCUUCGCUAUGAAUCGGGAUUGAUUCGUAUUGCCUUCGCUCGAGGAAACCCAAGUCUUGCCAAGAAGCUGUGCGGUGGCCCCAUCCUGUCUGACUCGGAUCCCUUCAGAUCCUUGCUGAUGAAAGAAAAGAUUGGAAUCGACAACUGGAACAAGGAUUACCAUAACUACACCUUGAUUUGGAGGCCUAAUGGUCUUCAACUCUUCGUGGACGGUGAGCAGUACGGGAACAUUGACCCUGGCGAUGGUUUCUUCUCUACCGCUCGGCAGCACGCAGUCCCUCAUGCUUCUAACUGGUUGAGAGGAACUGUCAUGGCGCCUCUUGAUGAAACGUUCUACAUAUCCCUUGGUCUUCGCGUGGGAGGUGUCCAUGAUUUUGCUGAUGAUAUUCCUGACAAACCCUGGAGGAACCGAGGCAGUAAGGCCAUGUUGGACUUCUGGAAACACAAGACAUCCUGGCACCCAUCCUGGUACAACUCCAACUUGAAAGUGGACUAUGUCAAAGUUUUCGCGUUCGUGCGCGGUCGCGGCGAUGUAGGCGACAUCGCCCGCAAAGGUCCUAACGAAAAAGUAUUAAUGUCGAAAUUUUCCUUGUAUUACGUGCCCCCGGUAAAACCUGACCUGCCGAAACCGGCCCGAAAGACGAAACUUAUAUUUGCAAACUUUUUAAUUUUGGUCAGUCUGAUAUUUUACGGAGACAUGACGUGCUGUGCAAAAAUUAUUUACAUAUUAGUGUUUGUUGCACUAUGCGAUGGACAGACAGAUUUUCCUAUCGCGACUCCUACAGUGGAAGCAUUACAACCAAAAGGCUUUAGAGUAAUACUAAAAGAUGACGGCUAUUCGUUCGUUGGGUUCCGAGGAAAUAUCAACGUUGAUUUCAACAAUGGUCUUAAUGAGGGCCAAAUACACAAAGAUAUUACGCAUCCACAAAAAGGCUACUGGAUCUACAGGAAUCGUGAGGUGAAGUUGGAUAUUGGAGACACAUUGUAUUACUGGUUGUUUGUCCGGAAGAAUGGAAAGGGACAAUUUUUGACUGAGUUGGCAUACACAGUAACUCAAUUCGUAAAUGAAAACGAAGCACCAGCAUUACCGAAAUCUGAUAGUCAGCUGGAGUCUAGAUUGGAUCCUAUAGACCAAUCCUGUACAGCAUCCAAAACCUUGGUCCAAGGCAAGUCCCGUGUCUGCGAGGGCGCUCUCAUUUUCAACGAAGACUUUGAUAAUCCCAACCUUAAUCAAUGGACCCCAGUGGUACAGUUUCCAGGAGAACCGGAUUAUCCGUUCAAUGCAUAUGAUAAUAUCCCGGAUCGCAAUCUCAAUGUCAAAGAUGGAUCCUUGGUCAUCACUCCAAUACUGACGGAAUCACUGCACGGAGAAGACUUCAUCUAUAAUUCAGUCUUAGAUUUAGACGAAAGAUGCACAGGUGUACCUCAAUCAUCUGAAUGCAGAGCAGAAGCUACGGGAGCUCAGAUCCUGCCGCCCGUUAUUACAGCCAAGGUCACGAGUCGAUACAGCUUCGUCUUCACAUUUGGAAGAGUAGAAGUACGCGCCAAGUUACCUUACGGCAGUUGGCUGGUACCUGAGAUCAACUUGGAACCGUUGGAACAUGCGUAUGGACGUAACUACGAAUCAGGUUUGAUGCGCGUAGCUUUUGUGCGCGGAAACUCCUUCUUUGCCAAAAAACUCUAUGGAGGGCCUGUUCUGGGUCAGUCUGAACCUUUUAGGUCUGAGUUACUGCAGCAAAAGCUUGGAAAUGACAACUGGUACAAGGACUUUCACAACUAUACCUUGAUUUGGAAACCAGAUGGCAUAGAGCUACUGGUGGACAAUGAGAAGUAUGGCGUUGUGAACCCUGGAAGUGGCUUCUCCGAGAAGGCAGAGAAGCACAACAUCAAACACGCCACGUCUUGGAAUAAGGGCACUAUCAUGGCGCCUUUUGAUAAAAUGUUCUAUUUGACCUUGGGUCUUCGAGUGGGAGGUAUCAACGACUUUGAAGAUGCAGUGGACAAUAAGCCCUGGAGAAACAGUGAAAGCAAGGCCACGCUAAACUUCUGGAACUCUAAAAGUUCCUGGUACCCCAGCUGGACUAAUAGUGCUCUAAAAGUUGACUCUGUUAAAGUAUAUGCUCUGUAGGUCAUAUGCAAAAAAUAUAUUUUUGAAUUUG